AUGUCCGUCAACACUCCUUCUUUGUUCGACAUGAACGCCCUGGAACCACAGGUCCAGGUGGGCCUUAUGGCCCCUUUCCCUUCGGAAUGCCAAGAUUCGGAACUCUUGACCCAAAGGCCCGCCUUCGGCGAACUGGUCUUUGACAAGUUCGUGCCACGUGACGAGCCUGUCGUCAAGCAAGAAGAGCAAGUCCAGAGCCUCAGCUUGGCGCUUGGCGCUGCUUCUGCCUCGGCGGCUUCCUCCGCCGAUCUUCAGGACUCGGUCGGCGAUUUUUUCUCCAGCGCAGACUCCACUCCGCUGUUCGAGCUCGAAUCUUUGCAGACGAGCCCCCACGGCUGGGAUCCGCUUUUCAACGACGAUAUCCCAAUCAAUGUCGGCGAUUCUGGUGCUGCAGCUGCUGAAGUGGCCGAGGUCUCCGAGGCUUCCGUGGAGCCCUCUAGAAAGCCCUCUGCGGCUCCGCUGGCUCCCGCUGACGCCUUCUUGCCCACUCCAGUGAUAGAGGACGCUCAUCCCUUCUUUACUUCCAAGACCAAGCGGAAAAGCUCUUCUGCCGUUCACAAACCUGAUAGAUUCGACCGUUUGGGUGUCAUUUCUUACAACCGUAAGAUGCGGUCUGUUCCAUUGACUCCGGUGGUCCCCGAAUCCAACGACCCUGUAGCCCAAAAACGGGCUAGAAACACCGAGGCCGCCAGACGGUCGCGGGCCAGAAAACUCCAAAGGAUGAACCAAUUGGAGUUGAAGGUUGAAGAGCUUCUGCAAAGAAACGCCGAACUGGAAAACGAAAUCACUAGACUCAAGUCCGCAGCAGCGCUUUGA